GACUACACAAUGUCAGCAGCUCAGCUUCGUGAAACUAUGACCGAUUGUCUCUCUGAGGCGCUCUCAGGUUCCCAUGAAGCUAGGCAGAAAGCGCUUCAAAUGCUGGAUUCUAUCACCAAGAUACGAAAACCAUUUUUCUCCUCAAUUCUAUGAUUCUCUUACCAAGCUCUCCAGAAUCCAGCAGAUUGGCCGCAUCAUUGGUUUGCAGUUUGGCAAUGCUUGACAAGAACAAAGCCAAGUUUGGAGUAGCUGGUACCAUCCAGUCGCUGGUCAAGGCAGUCUCGUGGCAUCGUGGCCCGGCUGCCCAUCAUCUCCUAAGUUCUCUGGCUGAACUUGUCCAGUUCCAUGGCAAUUGCACCGUGGCUGUUCGAUCUGGAGCUGUUCCGGUGCUUAUCCAAAUAGUGGAGAACAAUGAUGGUGAGGAUCUAGCCGGAACUUCUCUAGCUGUUCUCGGUCUCCUUGGUAGGUUUGACGAGGGAUUGAAUGCAUUGAGAAAGACUGAGGACAUUGUGAGUUUGAUGAUCAAUGUGUUGAAAAGGAGGUGCAUGUUGAGUAAGGAGGGUGCGGCAGAGAUACUUCUUCGCCUGUUCGAUGAAAGUGAGGACAUCAUCAGAGAUGCUUCCAGAGCGCCCGACUCCUUGACCGCGCUAGCAGAUCUUUCUGUGAGAGGAUCUGCAAAAGCUCGAGAGAAGGCUACUUUGCUAAUGAAGAAAAUGAUAGAAGCCAACGUGGAUUCUGAUGUGGAUGGGGAAUCCAUGUUUAAUUUCCAAUGGCAGUAAGAUUAAGGUCUGCAAGUUCACACCAAAUCAACGGAUACCUUUUUAUCUGAGACUGCUUUAAAUUAAAUUAAACACCUGCCCGAGAUCAUAAUCUUAUCCAACCAC